GGCACGUUUUCCUCCUGCAGCGGCAGCAUGGACCAGACGGGCUGUGGAUGUUAGAGGAGAUAUGUCCGUAGAGAUGGUGGAGGUCUCCAUGAAAGCAGCAGAGCCGCUCCGGCCCACGGGCGUCCUCCAGCAGAACCGGGUCUUCCUGGACUUCUUCUGGGACCUGGCCAAACCGGAUCAGGAGGUCCGACUGAACGCGAUAGAAAACCUGAUCCAGUACCUGAAAACAGAAAACAAGGCCGAUGAGUUGGACUACACCUUUAAACGUCUGGUGGACGGACUGGCUCACACACGGGAGACGGCGAGACCUGGAUUCAGCCUGGCUCUGGGACAGGUCUUGAGUGCCUUUGAAGACGUCUCCCUGCAGAGUAUCCUCGACAGGAUUAAAGAAAAGCACGACUUGCAGGCGGUGAAAAAGAAACUUUCCAGAAAUGCUAUGUUUGGGAACUUGUUUGGCGUCCUCGCCCUGCACCAGUCCGGACGCCUCUCUAAAGAGCCUCAGGUGGUGUUGGGAUGUGUCCAUCUGCUUCAGAACCUCAGCCAGAACAAACAGCACCUGAAGGACCUGCCCAGCAAGACCAUGAUGGACAUCCUCUCUGAGAUCCCUGAGGAGGUGUUUGAGGAGGUCCUCCUGAGCUCUCUGCAGACUGACCUGGCGUCGGCCUUCAGGACUCCGGAGCAGCUGCAGCUGCUGCUGGUGGCGCUGCAGCGUUUCCCACAGACGCUCAAACCCAAGAAACUGAAGAAGCUGCUGGGCUCCGCCACCAUCAUUAACGCCGACAACAUCCCCAAGCUGACGGAGGUGUUGAAGAUGGCGACCUUCUCCGUGAAGAAGGAGCGCAUCCUGCCAGCGGUGGCCCUGGACCUUCUGAAGCUCUCUCUGAAGGAAGGCAGCUUCCAGCUCUUCUGGAAUAAAGCCAUUAUCCAGGGGAUGUUAAAGGACCAGGCCGGGCCGUCUCACUACCUGUGCUUCCGUCUGCUGGGCAGCGCCCUCCCUCUGCUGUCGCUGCCCCAGCUGAAGGAGGUGUUGUCUGGAGAGGUGAUGAUACAAUACGGGAUGCACGUGGUGUCGGCUCAGAAACCGGACCGCUUCAAGCUGGCCCCAGAGAUGGACACCUACGUCUCUGACUUCAUGGCGGGCUGCCGGGACUCAGACAAACAGCUGGCGGUGAUGGUGGCGUUCUCCUCGCUGACGGACCUGGGCUACCCCGUGGUGCCGUCCGUGUGGAGGGUGGUGCAGUACCUUCAGCCCGCAGCCCUGCAGAGCUACGUGGACUGGCUGAAGAGCAUGUUCCUGCAGCCUCGGAUGGACGAGCUGCUGGAGACUCGCAAGCAGAAGGACGAAAAGGAGAAGCAAGAGAACGUAUUCCGGCUGAGGAAGUGGAUCGCUGCUCGGCUCGCCUCCAUCAUCGACAACCACAGCGUGAAGAAGAAGGAGGAUCUCAUGAUGGACGUGUCCAGGUUUGUCUUUUUCCACGCUUUCUUCAGCACCAAGAAGUCCUCCGCCGACAUCGCAGAGACGAAGGCGACGCUUUCGGUCCCACUGGAUGAUAAAACCAGAGGAGUGCUUGUCAACACUUUCUUCGGACUCCUCAUGUCCUUGCACCACAUGCCGCAAUCCGACGACUCGGCCGAAGGCGCCGCCGUCAACCAGAAGCGGGUUCUCGGCGUGACGGCCGACGGCACCAUGUGGAUCUACCACCUGGUUCAGUAUGCACAAGUCCUGCUCAGCCAGCCAAAAUUCGUCCAGAGCAGCCGGCCCUUCAGUCCUGAGCAGAGACAGGCCUGGGACAGCAUGUUGGAGUCGGUGGCAAACCUGAAGAAGAAAGCAAAGAAAGGGCCGACAGCAGAGAGCAGUGCCUUCCAGCAGCUUUUCCUGUUGGUCGGCUUGCAUCUCUUCAAGGCCCCCGAAGAGCUGCUAGACAUCAUGAAAGACCUGCAGAGCUGUGUGGACAAAGCUCAGGAAAAGAAAGCCAAGAAGAAAAAGAAAAAGGCAGCGGAGCAGGAGCAGGAGGAGCCCGAGUGGGUGGAGGUGAUGGUGGACAUCCUGUUGUCCCUGUUGUCCCAGCAGAGCCGACACAUCAGACAGGUCUGCAAGACGGUCUUCUCCUCCAUCUGCCCCCACGUCAAUGCGGCCGCCCUCACGGCUAUCUUAGACGUUCUGGACCCGGAGAAGGACGACGAGGACGCUGUGGUUGUCACUGAUGACACAAAAACAAAGGAUGACGAUGAUGAUGAUGAAGAGAUGGAGGAGGACAAGUCUGACGACUCGGACGAAGAUGAAGCAAUGGAGGAGGAGGAAGACGACGACGACGAGGAGGAUGAUGAUGAGGAGGAGGAUGAUGAUGAAGAGGAGGAGGAGGAAGAGAUGGAAGGCCAACAAGUCGACCAAAAUUUCCGCCUGGAGCUGAUGAAAGUUCUUCAGAAGCAGAACGCUCUGGCCACGGAGCAGGACGCCAGCAGUGAUGAAGAUCUGGAUGACGACGCCAUGAUGAAGCUGGAUAAGGGCCUGGCGGCGCUGUUCUCAGAGCAGAAGAAGAAGACGCAGGCCAAGAUGGACGAGAGGACAAAGCUCCAGAAAGAGAGGGCGCUGGUCCGAGACUUUAAGAUCAAGGUGUUGGACCUGGUGGAAGUGUUCGUGGCUCGGCAGGCCGGCAGCCCCCUCGUGCUCGGUUUGGUGGAGCCUCUGCUGACCCUCAUCGAGAGAGGAAUGAGCUCCGGCAGCGAACAGCAGGAGCAGGACUUCCUCCGUCGAGCUGCAGACAUCUUCAGGAACCAGCUGUGCAGAUCCAAAGUUUACUGCAGGACCGCUGGUGACAGACAGGGGGAGCUCCACGACCUGCUGGAAAAGCUGAUGACAAAAACCCAGAAACUGUCCGACUCCUCCGUCUGCCUCUACUACUUCAGUGCGUCUCUGUAUGUGGUGAAAGUGCUGCGAGGAUCUUUAUCUACUGAGACCAAAGAGGAGCAGACGGCUGCAGCGAACGACUUGAGGUUCAUGGGGAACGUGGACGUGGAUCGGGUCUCGACGCUCUUCAGAGACGCCCUGUGCUCCUUCAUGAGCAGGAGGAAGAGCCCCCUGACCUCCCAGAUGUUCACCGACAUGUUCACCAGGUUCCCCGUUUUAUGUGUGAACCUGUUGGACACGGCCGUGCAGCACAUCACAUCCGGGGUCAGAGAACAUCAACAGGGCCAAGCGUGUGUGUUGGUGUUGCGGGCGAUGCAGAGCAGGGAGGUUCAGCAGCUGCUGAGUGGUCCUCAGUGGACAGAGCUCUGUGAGAAGGUCUCGGAGCAGCUGGCAGCGAGUCUCCAGAGCGUCGGUCCAGCUGAGAGCAAGGUAGCGAAGGAGAAGGUGCUGAAAGUCCUGGAGCUGUGUCAGUUCCUGGUCAAACACGUCCACCAGCAGAAGCUGUCUGUGGAUCUGGAUCCUCUUCAGAAAGUCCUGCAGCCGCUGACCGGCACCAUCGCUUUCAAGAAGACCGGCAAGAUGGAGGACACCUACUGGGCUGUGAUGAGGCACUUUGGAGUGACCAAACCCAAAGUUGAAAAGACGAAGCCUGACAAGGACGCGGCCCAGGAGUCGGCUCCCAAUAAGAAGAAAGGUUUCCUGCCAGAAUCAAAAAAACGCAGCAAGCGUAAAAAGUCUUCUUCAGAGGCGGCGGCGGAGGGGGCAGCGACCGACAAGUCGUCCUCCACAGACAAGCCGGAGAAAGGACAAGCCAAAAAGAAACGUGACAAGAAAGCCAAGCAGAAACGGGCGGCCGACGGCGCGGCCGCUUCACAGCCCAACCCGGCCAAGAAGAGCAAAACAGAGUCUGAGAGCACGGCGGCCAAGAAGAAGAGGAAGAAGAAGAAACCCAAACAGAAGAAAGGAGGAGGAGGAGGAGGGCAGAUUUAAAGUGGACGCUGCUAUUUAAAAUGGACACAAAGAAGCUUUUGUAAUUUCCCUUUAAAAGAUCACGUUUAUGUUAAGUUUCAUUGCAGUUUACUUGGCUGCCGCUCCAGUCCUGAUAGUCUGAUGUGUUUCAGUGUGAGAUUACUGAUGUGUGGGAAGUGAGUUGAGAAAGAUUAUUUUUUGUUUUUCUAAAUGUCUUCUACAAUAAAUGUACUUCUCCUCCUGGAAGUCUUCAAAUCUGCA